ACGCCCAUACAAACCACCACAGACACAUUUCCAAAGUGACAAAGGGAUGAAUAUUGCUGGAGUUUGUGCGCCCCCUGUGGACUGCAAUAUCAACUCCAAGUACAGAACAAUCACUGGGGCAUGUAACAACAAAGUACAGGUAGCAGCAUGGGGUCUAUCCAAUACAGCAUUGAACAGGCUGUUGCCGGCUGACUUUAGCGAUGGGAUAUCGGCGCCUCGAAAAAUGAGCAAUGGAAAGCCGCUUCCUUCUGCUCGACUGUUGAGAACACUGCUUUUUCCAAUUGAUAACUGUCCGUCACAUAUCAACGCAGAAUUACUAUUGCCUUGGGGAGGAGCAAUCGCUCAUGAUACAUCUCAUGUGGAUCCUAUAGGACUGGCUCAGGGGCUUCGUCUACAGGUUGUUGCUGUGCUGCAUCUACAGGUUGUGCCUGUAUCUCCACCGCUACCGCUGGCUGCUGUUCCACGCCCUGGCUGCUUUCUGCCUGCUGCGUUCCUGGUGGCUGAGUCACUUGGCGUGCCAACAAUGGCCGAUUCAAGUGGCAGGCGAAUCCUCCUCUGCUCCUGCCACCACUGCUCCGAUUUGAUCUGCAUGGUGUCGCCACAACUGCCCCUCCACUAA